GUGAAUUCCAGGACUACAGAGGGCAGUGUUGGGCUCAUAUUCAAUAUCUUUGUUGUGCAUUUUCUUCACAGAGGAAGAUGAAUUAUGGUGGGCGCUGUGGAAGUGUGCUGUCUUUUGGUCGUGGCGGUGUUAUGGGGAGCCACCAACCCAUUUCUAAAGAAGGGAACUGAAGGCAUUGAGAGGGUGAAGAAAGGAAAUGUUGUGCUGCAGUUUAUCGCCGAGGUUAAAUUCCUGUUCCUCAACUUCAAGUAUCUGGUUCCAUUUUUGCUGAAUCAAGGUGGCUCUGUGGUGUACUAUUUCACUUUGGCCAGCACAGAGCUGUCCUUAGCUGUGCCGGUCGUAAACUCCCUCACGUUCCUCAUCACUUUGCUCACAGGCCAGUUGCUGGGGGAGGACUUCGGUGGGAAACGAGCUGUGUUUGGGAUGCUGCUGACCAUGGCAGGAGUCUCGCUCUGCAUCUUCAGUUCAGUGUCUGAGGUCCAGGAGGACACGGUCCAGCUGAACACCACCGCACCAGCGGCCUGAUGGCCAUAUCAAAAUCCCCCCGGCAGGCAUCUGGGUCCUGAUUGGGUCGUGGAGGAGAAGGAUGGUGGUGGUGGUGGUGGUUAUCGAAUGACAAUGGUGGUGGUUGACCUGUCAGUCUUAUGUUGGUACUUGAUCCUUCUUGCCGCUGUUGUGUAGUGCAGUGCAGUGCAACGCAACCCAAACAAAACGCUGGUGUAGUGGCAGACUCUGCUAGAUCUUCUGUUUAUAGUGAUGUGUUUACAUAUUCCGCUGCUGUGGAUAAGUGUACAGAGUAGACAUUGCAAUGCAAUGGCAUACGUUAUCCUGCUGCUCGUAGAAAAGGAUGUUUUUCUUGACCAGCUAUAAAGUGUCCUCUAUCCUUAGUGCUGUGGUGUAAGACAUGCGUUAUUGCCUUUCCAUACUUCUUUUUGGAGUAGAAGCACCAAGCCAUCUUGAACAUGCCCAAGGUAAACUACAUUCCCAAAGCUGCAGCCUAAAGACAAUGUGCUACAUGGAUCAUGCUUAUCCUUAGCCUGUCACAUUGGUUUAUCUUAUACUAUUUCAGAAGUACCUAAAACGUUAACCAAUAUAAAUUGGUUACAGUUCAGUAUUGAACUGGGUAGCACAUUGAAGACUGUGUAUGUGAUUUACAUACAGUAUGUCCUCCUAAAGCCAACUUGACCUGUUUUUGGAUGCAGUAUGAGCAACUGUGAUUCAGGAACACAACGUUGGCUUUGUAUUGCAUUCCCUCUCCCCAAAGAUAUCGCCUCUCCAAGGUCAUGCAGCUGAUCUCAGCCUGGAGACCUAGUGUAUUUUUAGAUGUCGUUCUUGCUGAAAACAAACUCUAUUUUGUCAUAUCGCUGGAGCCAGGUGAUACAUGCAGAAAUAUUUGCACAGACUUGUAUUAUUCUAUUACAGGAAUGGAUGAGAUCUGUGGUUCUAAAUAAAACCUUUGUUGAACAACGUGAAA